AAUACAGUAACCCGUUACCGGGCAAUGAAGCUGUAAAUAUUACGACUUUCACGGCGCUUUGCGGCAUAGCGCGGGUGGAAUGCUUGAGGUGAUUCCUGUUGUCUAAACUGCGCUCGAGACGUACGGACUGGUGUCCUUUGGUGCGCGCGGGGCGAAGCAUCCCCGCGCGUCUUGCGAUCCUGCUUUGCUUCCCCUCCCCACCAGUAUUCAAAAUCCGAAGGUAAUUUAAGAGAUAGCGCAGGCAUCACGUUCACUGAAGUGAAGAUGGGACGCUCCUCCAAAGACAAGCGUGACAUUUACUACCGUCUGGCCAAGGAAGAAGGGUGGCGAGCUCGUAGUGCAUUCAAACUUCUGCAGCUGGAUGAGGAAUAUCACUUGUUUCAAGGUGUCUCCCGGGCUGUGGAUCUCUGUGCAGCACCUGGGAGUUGGAGUCAAGUUCUGAGCCGAAAGCUCAAAGGAGAAGAUCCUAAAAAUGCAGAAAUCAAAAUAGUGGCUGUAGAUUUGCAAGCCAUGGCUCCGUUGCCAGGAGUCAUUCAAAUCCAAGGGGACAUCACCAAGGUUUCAACAGCUCAGGAAAUAAUUCACCAUUUUGAGGGGCAGCCAGCUGACCUGGUCGUGUGUGAUGGAGCCCCUGAUGUGACUGGACUCCAUGAUAUAGAUGAAUACAUUCAGGCCCAGCUGUUGCUUGCUGCCUUGAACAUCACUACGCAUGUCCUAAAGAAGGGGGGGACUUUUGUAGCUAAGAUAUUCCGAGGAAAGGAUGUCACUCUCCUCUAUUCCCAGUUGAGAAUAUUCUUCCCUGAUGUGACAUGUGCCAAACCCCGAAGUAGCCGCAACUCUAGCAUUGAAGCCUUUGUUGUUUGCCAAAACUACAGUCCCCCUGAAGGCUACGUGCCAAACAUGUCCAAUCCCCUGUUGGAUCAUUGUUAUGAUGUGGAUUUUAAUCAGCUGGAGGGUCCCAAUCGGGUCAUUGUCCCUUUCCUGGCUUGUGGAGAUCUGAGUGCUUACGAUUCUGAUCGGACCUACCCACUACAGCUGGAUCCCCAGAAGGAGUAUGCCUACGUGCCUCCAGCCCAGCCACCCAUCCAUCCUGCCUACGAAGAAGCCUGCUUCUUAAAGAAACACAACCUCCUUACCAAGGAACAAGUGCCCCACCCUCGGCUGUCAGAGCAGGGCCCUCAGAAUUUCCCUCUAGAGACUGAGGUCGUGGAUGCUCUGGAGGAACUGUCAGUAUAACAUCAGAGGACUUGGGAGAGAG